AUGAUGUGCAGUGGCAAGAGUUUGCUCCUGGCUGCCUUGGUGUCAGUGCUGCUCCUCCACCUCUGCAGAGAGUCAGAAGCAGCAAGCAACUUUGACUGCUGCCUACGAUAUACAGAGCAGGUCUUUCAUCACAAAUUCCUUGUGGGCUUCACACAGCAGUUGGCCAAUGAAGCCUGUGAUAUUGAUGCUGUCAUCUUUUACACAAAGAAGAAAUUAGCUGUGUGUGCAGAUCCAAAGAAGCCCUGGGUGAAGAAAGCUGUGCGUAUGCUCAGUCAAAGAGUCAAGAAGAUGUAA